AUGUCCAACCAAACCACUGUGACCGAAUUUCUUCUCCUGGGAUUCUCUGACGUUCGGGAACUGCAGAUUUUACACUUUAUUGUGUUUCUAGUGCUUUACCUGAUAUCCCUGCUGGGGAACCUUCUCAUCAUCAUAGCCAUAGCCUUCGACCGCCACCUUCACAACCCCAUGUACUUCUUCCUGAUGAAUCUGUCCAUCCUAGACUUCGGCUCCAUCUCUGUCACCAUCCCCAAAUCCAUGGCCAAUUCCCUCACAAACACCAGAUCGAUUCCUUAUUCUGGAUGUGUUGCCCAAGUCUUUUUUUACAUAUUCUUUGCUUCAGCAAAUUUUGCCUUACUGACCAUAAUGGCGUAUGACCGAUACGUUGCCAUCUGCCAACCGCUGCACUAUGAGAUGGUGAUGAACAGAAGAGCUUUUGUCCAAAUGGCAUCCAGUGCCUGGAUCAGUGGUAUUCUCUACUCUGCACUGCACACCGGGAACACGUUUGCGAUAUCCUUCUGUGGAGGCAACAUGGUGGAUCAGUUCUUCUGUGAAAUCCCCCAGCUCCUCCACCUUGCCUGCUCUAACACAUACCUUGGUGAAGUUGUUGUUAUUUCUUUUAGUGUGCUUUUAUUUUUAAUCUGCUUUGUUUCUAUAAUUGUGUCGUAUGUUCAGAUUUACAAAGCAGUGCUGAGAAUCCCUUCUGAGCAAGGCCGGCAUAAAGCCUUCUCCACCUGCCUCCCUCACCUCAUUGUGGUCUCCUUAUUCCUUUUCACUGGCACCUUUGCCUUUUUGAAACCCACCUCCAACUCAUCCUCAGAUCUGAAUCUCUUGGUGGCUGUUCUCUAUUCCAUAAUGCCCCCAAUGUUGAAUCCGAUGAUCUACAGCAUGAGAAACAAGGAAAUUAAAGUUGCACUGAAUAAACUGAUAGGUUGGAGGUUAUUCAGCAAGAAUAAAAUGUCUAUAUUUCGCCACUGA